AAAGAUUACUGGCACACGGCGAUCCGUUUUCUAGAUUUCCAUCAAGCGUAGAAAGGAACGUGAGACAGCGAAAGAGGAGACAGAGAAAGGUGCAUGGCGAGCAGAAGGUGCGGGAGGUGCGGAAGGAAGGAUAUUGAUCGACGGUAGGAGUGCGCGCAUGGGAAAUCCUCUCUUUGUCCCACCCUGCGGCCUGCAUCCACCUAGGUGGCUCACGAUGGAACGUGCAUCGUGUCAGUCGGUACUUUAAGAUCCACACUACGCUACGAUCAUAAACGGUCCGACGAAUAGAACGUUGGGGAAGUCGGUUGGUGCUCUGCGCCAAGGGUGUGUCGUGCUGUGGACACUGUGAGCCCCGAUGAGAAAACGUCGAACUACGCCGGCCCGAACGUUCAAGGACCGGUCGGCGUAACAGGAAGUAGAAGGGACACGCGACGAAUCCAUUCGUUUUAUUAGUGAUUUCACCAACUCUUCGCAUACUUACACACGACAAGCUCAGAUGUGAACAGUCAAAUAGGCGGACGUUUUGCAUGUGUAUCGUUCAUAGGAGUGUAUAUGUCGUUUAUUGGCAUUGAUUGGGGACAAUAGACACGCAAAACGUCACAAGCACGAUACACAUACACUUUCUCUCUCUCUCUCUCUCUCUCUCUCUCUCUCAUCUGUUUUUUUUCCCCCCGUUUCCUUUCAACACGGCCAUCAUUGAUAUCAUGGUUGUUAACCGUCAUUAAACUAAUAGAAUAAACAAAGGAAAGAAAAAGAGAGGAGGAAAAGAGACAGAGACAGACAGAGAGGGCGAGAGAGAGAGAAAGACAGACAGAAGAAACGAAACCAUGGCGAAUUGGGAUUGGGAAGAUACCGAUUGGGAUUGGGAAGAUACAGAAGAAUCUUCCUGCGGAGAGGAGCAGAAUCAGAUAGAAUUUAACAAGGAGUGGCUCGGUGGUGUUCUAAAGGAAUUUCACAAAGAACCGGUCACAAUAAGCGAAUGUAAUGUAAGUCCCGGCUGUACGAGUAAUGAAAGCGCGCUGAGUGAUAUUAUGCGUCUUAAAAUCAAGUAUAUGUUGAACGACACGAAUACUACGCAAGAUUUGUCCGUAAUCGUGAAAGAGCUUCCAAGAGAUCCGAUAAAUCGUUUUUUUGUUAUCGAAGGCCAAUUCGAUCUUCGGGAAAUUAAAUUUUAUACACAGGUAAUGCCCGACCUAAAAGAAUUUCAAAAGAAACAACUAGCAUCUCAAGGAAAUAAAUCGGACAUCGAAAUUCUUCUGUCAGUUCCAGUAUGCUAUUUUGCAGAUUAUACACCAGCUGAUGAAUCAGGCGAUAAGCCCACAAAACCAGAAUCAAUUUUGGUAUUGCAAGACCUUCGUGAUUCUGAUUUUCGAAAUAUUAAAUUUCGUGAAGGAAUGACAUACGAUCAAACUAAAAUUGCAUUAGAAGCUAUAGCACGUAUACAUGCACACUCUCUGGCAAUGAAAGUUGUAGAAGGAGAGCCUCUGUCAGAACGUUAUCCAUUUCUCUUCCAAACAGCAAAAGCAACAAAUUCGUAUCAACAAUUGGUUGAACGUGGUUUACCGCAACUUGCCAAAUUUUUGAAAAGUACACCAGGAUUGGAAGCGAUACUCGAGGCCUUAGUUAUUCUAAGACCUAGGACUAAACAUAUAAUAUCUGCACUUCUUGCGCCAGAAGGCCCGCUAGCGUUGAUCACGCAUACAGACUUUUGGUGUAAUAAUUUACUUUUCAAGGAAGGACCCUCUGGUUUCGAAUGUUGUAUCCUAGAUUGGCAAAUGGUUACUUAUAGUAGACCGACUAACGACAUUGCUCUGUUAUUAGUAAGUUCAUUGCCAACCGAACUACGUCGAAAGCAUACGGAAACUUUCCUUGAUAUUUAUUGGGAUGCACUAACUGGCACGUGUUCUCGUCUUGGUGUCGACAUUCCCAAAGAUUUAGGCUAUACAAGAGAAGAUUUAAAUAAGGAUUAUAGACGAUCGCAACUUCUCGCUCUCCUAUUAUGUAUUGGAUCCGUAGAUGUUGCUCUAGGAGAUGCAGAUACUGAACAGCGCUUGAUCGAUGUUUUAAAAGACCUUCAUAAUGAAGGUGUACUUACAGACGAGACUAUAAUUGCCAAUAGCGAAAAUGAUCCUUAGUCAGCGUUAUUACCGCCCAUGAUAGUGCUGCAGCAAAUUAAUAUUUCUAUGCGAAAUGUAAAUCGGAAAAGAAAAAGUUAUGGAACUGAUCGUUCAAGAACUCGAUCCGUCUAUCAUUAACGUUAUAAUUACGAAUAACGUGAUUCAUUUCAAGCGAAAAAAGCUUGUGUGUUGAUAAUUAUGUAAUUGUGGAAUCGGUCACGUUAAAAUUCAUUGACGUGAUGAAAAUAGAAUUGAUGUUAGAUUCUUAUGUUUGAAAACAUUUCAAUAUUGGAUUGUUCUUGCGAUAUAUACACCUACAAUUUAGUAAGAAAAUUAAAUAAACAAAAUACCACAUACAUAAUAAUUACAUUAUAUGAAAUUUUAAAAAUACAAACGACUCAAAAUGUAAAAGAAUUGCUAACAAUACGUGCCAUAAAAAAUAAUUUAAGUCGAGAAUAACAUUCUUCUUCUUAAAUUAGUUAAAUAUAAUACUUAUUUAAUUUAAAUUUGAAGUUUUUUAACGAAAUUUCUUCCCGCAAACUAAACUAAAACGGCUAUACGACCGAUUUUUGUUACUUGUAAUUCAUAUACGCAAUAAUUAUAUUAUUCCAUUUCUUUGUACAAACUAUAUAAAUAAAUAAUACUUUGAUGUUGUCAU